AUGCUGCAUAUCUUUUAUAUUCUGGGGGAUUUUCCAGGAAUGUGUCACUUCAUCACUGGCAUUUAAAGUAUUUAUUUGCAUGACUUUGGAAGGGGAUAAAAAUACCUGUGAGGGUUAUUGUCAGCUCUUCCUCAUCCUCAGCUUAUUGGUCUCGGUAUGCUGAGAUGAAUUUUUUGUAUUUUUCUGAGUGGACCCGUUGCAGAACUGAAAGAGAGAUAAUGCACCCAUCUACUAAGGGCUAUACAGUCCCAAAAGACCUUGGAGGUUUUCCAUCAGGGAUGUGUCUCUGCGUGCUUGGGGGACAUUUUUAUUCCCAGAGGUAUUUGGGAUUUUGGCUAAUGCAGCCACAGUAGUACAACAGCAUAUUGCUUUAAUAAAGCCGGCCAGCUCCCAGCUAUUUCUGCAUCCUCCUUUACCGCUCACCUACAGCAACACGCAGAACCUGACGGCUGCCAGUUACAGCAAGGCCGGUUCCAGAGGCCAGAUCUCGCAGUCUAAAAUUGCCCUGCUCUAAAUAGAGGAGCCGGGCGAGAGAAGCACCAAGCCUGCGGCUUUCCCGGGGAGGAACCACAGUGCAGGCGCUACGUGACUUGCCCUGGACACCCAAGAAGCUCCUGUCAGCGCGCAGAGCUCCCACAUCCCGAGCCUGACCUCGUGUCGUGCACUCGUCCCGUGCAUGCGAGCGCCCUAGAACGCACUGCUUGUUUUUAUACCGUCUGUUCCAGAGAAAUCCAGCUGGUAGAGGAGCGCAGCGCCGUGAUUUAUUUGAGAACUCCCUCGUACUCGCCUGAAGGUCUCGCCGCCGGGGGAGGAGGGAGAGCGCGGGAGGCUGCGCUCCUCGACAGCUGCUCCGCGCCCGGCCCAGCACCCAGGUAGAGGGCGAGGAGGGGAGCGGGGAUUUCCUUGGCUUCCUCCCAUGCACAUACCUCCUGGGGAGCGGCAGCGGCAGCCCGACUCCCCUCGGCGGCCGCUGGGAGGCUCCGCGCCUCGCCCCGGCCUCCCGGGCGCCGCGUCCCCGGCCGCGCUCUCUGCCGGUGACACCCGCCUCCCGCCCCCGCGCCGCUCCGCGCCGCACGGAGGGGCCGCGGGCAGCUCCGGCACCGGCAGCGCCGACAGCCCGCCGGCAAACACCCGCCCGCCGGCGCGGGCAUGGAAUAUACAAAAACACAAAGGAAAAGUGGAUGCUGGACUGUUCUGGGGGCAAAAUGCUGGAAGUUUGUAAGUGCAACUCUCCGUUUGUAAUUACUGUCUGAAGAGGGGCUGGGUUGCUCGUUUGGGGUUUUUUUCCCUCUCCCCCUUCUCCCCCCUACUCCGUGCUUUUCUUGAAACUGUACUUGAAACUGUUCAAUAUCUGGGAGUAAAAGGGAAAGUACGCGAGAGGAGUUCUUUGCCUGUGUCCGUAGCUUGCUGCUUAAUACUAAGGGGGGAGAUGAGCACUGAAAGCAAUACGGAUUUAUCCAGUGGCUGAAUUAAGUGAAGGCGAAGCGUGGUUUGGAAGUCCACUGACUGACAUUGUUCCGGACUGGGGGAUCUGUCUCUCUGAUUUUUAGAGGAACUACAGUUUAGUGGCAGCCAGCCGGACACAGUCACCACGCCGCAGAGUGGCCAGCAACGAGCGGGCGAGAGAAACGAGAAAGCACAAAGACUGAACUAACACGACCCUCCUCCUCUUUCUCCUCCUUCCCCGGCUCUUUAUUUGCACAUUUACUAAAGACUUGAAAGAAAAAAAAAAAAAAAAAAAAAAAAAAAAAAAAAAAAGAGAGAGGGAGAGAGAGAAAUCCCAACAAACCCACUCCAGCUAACCUACGAGAUUUUCGGUCCGCCGGGGGUUUCUCCGCGCCGCCGACCACGGCAAUGCCUUAAAUUUUCACUUCAAGGAAUAACAACCCCCCGCUCCCCCGAAAUAAAAUAAACCCAAUAAACCUGCCAAGUCUCACUCAUUCCCGACGGAGAGCUCCUUCGUCCAGGGAUUCAUUUUGAAGGCAGCGGCUCGCUUUAUUUGGCUUUUUUUUUUUUUUUCCCCCCCCGUUCUCCUCCCGCGGCGGAGCCCCGCCGUCCCUCCCUCACCGGGCGCCCCUCGGCCGGGGCUGCCCGGCCCCGACCCCCGCCCCUCCCGCCGGCCGAUGCUGGCGCAGCCCUAGCGACCCCCUCCCGCCCCCCGAUCUGUCAACCCGCCGCGGGGCCGUCACCGCCCGGGGGCCGGGCGGGGGUGGGCUGGGGGCGCGGGGCUGACCGCCCUCCGCCCCGCCGCCAGCCCCCGGGCUCGGGCUCCCGCCGCUGCCCCCGCCUCCCCCCCCAUCCCCCCCGCCCUCCUCCAUGCGGCAGUGAGGACCGACCCAUCCGGAGGGCCAGGACCGGCAGCCAGCGAUGGGCGACACGGCUCCCCCCCAGGCCGCGGGGCUGGGGGCCGGGCUGCUGGGGGGGGGCCCGGCGGCGCCCCGGGUGCACAGCGCCAUCGUGGAGCGGCUGCGGGCCCGCAUCGCCGUCUGCCGCCAGCACCACCUCAGCUGCGAGGGGCGCUACGAGCGGGGCCGCGCCGAGAGCUCCGACCGCGAGCGGGAGAGCACCUUGCAGCUCCUCCACCUCGUGCAGCAGGGGCAGGGCGCCCGCAAGGCCGGCAAGCACCCCAAGGCGGCCGCCGCCCCCGCCGCCGCCGCUGCCGCCGGCGCGGCGCCCCCGGACUACCACCAGCACCUCCUCGGCAACGGCGGCAUCAACGGGGAGCAGCCGGCGGGGGAGCAGCGCGCCUCGGCGCUCCUGGCGCUUCAAGGCUCCUUGAAGAGAAAGUUGGUGGUAAAUCUGUCGCCUGUCAACAAGAGGCCCAAUGGUGUUUCAGAGAGUUCUUUCCUUGAUAUUAAGAGGAUAAGAGUGGGUGACAAUAUCCCAGUGGGACAAGGUGGACAACAUGUUAACAAUUGCCAAAGCCAGUCAAUGUCAGGAGCUAUGACUGUAGGGCAAGGAUCACAAAGAAAGGCCAGCAGCCUAGCAAACAAUACCCAUGCUAGUGGGAAUGAUAUGUUUAAUAUGACUUUGAAAGAGGUAAAGAAAGAACCAGGAGAAACAAUGUCCUGCAGCAAACACUUAGAUGGCCAGACAUCCCAUGAGAACAUGUUCCCUAACAGAUAUGGGGAAGACUCAUGGGACCAAAUGAUGGAUCUUGAACUUCAGGAACUGUUUAAUGAGCUGACUAACAUAUCGGUGCCACCAAUGAGUGAUGUUGAGCUAGAGAAUAUGAUAAAUGCCACGAUAAAACAAGAUGAGCCAUUCAACAUUGACCUUGGGCAGCAGAGCCAGAGGGGCCCUGUGAGAUCUCUGCAGAUGGAUAAGAUGGUGAUAAAAAGUGAGUAUGCAGCAGGCAUUAAUCAGGCUCCUGUGGGCUCCCCACAGAUGAGGCCUUCUUCUACAGGUCCAGCCUUCACUAUGGCUACCACUGCCAUGUCUGCCUCUUCACCCAUCCCCUCGGUGCCUCAAACACAGGUGUCGCAGGUUUCUUCUGCGUCCAGUCGGCCAUUGCCUAACUGGCAGGAGGUGUCUCAUGCACAGCAGCUCAAACAGAUCGCAGCCAAUCGGCAGCAGCAUGCCUUGAUUCAGCAGCAACAGCAGCAGCAGAACCAGACAGCCAACUGGUCCACUCUGUCUCCAUCAGGACCUUCCCCUGGACCCUUUGUGCAGGAGAAAAUCCCCAGUCCCUCUUUUCGCCAGCAGCAGUUCAGCCCACAAAGCUCAGCGAUGCUUGGGGUGCCAGUGAAUGGAAACCAGACAAAAGGGAUGAACAACUAUGUUUAUAAACCAACCACUCCCCAGAGCAAUCCCAUGGACAUAAUCAUGCAACAGAAGCCUCAGGACCUCAACAGAAACUUUAGUGCUCAGCCACCUCUAGAGCAGCAUCAUGGCAACACAAAGCCUUUGUUUCACUUUAACUCAGAGCAAACAAACCAGCAGAUGCCUUCGGUUUUGGGUUCCCAAAACAAGCCUGCCCUUCUGCACUACACCCAGCAGGCACAGGGUUCAGGUCCCGUGCAGCAGCCACAGCAACAGCAGCAACAACAGCCGCAGCCGCAAACUGCUCAGCCUCUCCCAAACCAGUCUCUCCAGAGGCCACCUAAUGUAACCCUAGCAAUGCAGCAAAAAAUGAUGCUUCAGAAAAUGCAGCAAAGCCAGCAAAUCUCAGGUUUGCAGUAUCCAGUCUCUCAGCAGCACAGACAGGAACAACAUUCUGUGGUAGGCCAGGGAGCUGGCCCCACUCCAAGCUCCAGUUCUUGCUCAAAUCCAAACACUGGAAGUGGUUACAUGAACUCAUCCCAGCAAUCAUUGUUGAAUCAGCAGCUGAUGGAAAAGAAACAGGCUCUGCAACGGCAAAUGAUGGAGCAAAAACAGCUCCUUCUACAGCAGCAGAUGUUGGCAGAAGCUGAGAAAAUAACUCCGCAAGACCAGCUGAACAGACACUUGACAAGACCACCACCAGAUUAUAAAGACCAAAGAAGGAAUGUGGUCAACAUGCAACAAGCAAACCAAUAUCCUGGUGGUUCACCAGCUGUGAGCAUGAGCUCCAACAACAUGUCCUUAUCCAACCCAAUUUCAACUCAUAGCAUUAUGCCCCAGAGCUCCAGCCUCAUGUCCACCCCUGCUGGAACCCGAAUGCCUUCUGUCCCUGCUGCUCGGAGUAUGGGCUGCUACGGGAACCUUCCUUGCAACCAACCAAGCACAUACAAUGUGACUUCAGGAAUGAACCAAAUGCAGCCACACAGAAACCAAAAUCAAGUUCUGCCCAGUCAGAAUAACCCCAUGGUGUCUCGACAGCAAACCAUGACACAGGGGAACAACGGGGCAGCUUUUGCGACGGGGUCAGUGGUCAACUCUCAGCAAAUAAGGCCAAGCUUGACCCAUGGAGCAACAGGUAUCCCUGCUCAACGGCCGGCCAAUGUGAUGAUCACGGCUACUGCCAAUGCCCAGAAUUGGGCCCCACAAGAGGCUGCAGUGAAGCAGCAGGAUGCACUGAAACCUGCAGGGGUCCGUUUCCCCACCGGCACUCCGUAUCCUAACCAGUCUUUGCAGCGCAGCGUAGGCAACCAGCAUUUUCCUCAGCGUGCAUUGGCACCUCCUAACCAGUUAACGGCAGGAGUCCAAAUGAGGCCCCCUCUAAACCAAAUGCACCAGACUCUAAAUGGACAAUCUGCUGGCUCACUACGAGGGCUCAGCAUAAGACCUAAUCAGCUGAGAGGACAGACUGUGCCUACCUUGAAUCAGCCAGGAACAAGUAUGACACCGCCGUCAUCUCUGCCAUCAACUGGUUUCACAAGUACCAACCAAACCUCCCGGGCUUACCAAGGAAGUGACCAUGGUAAUGACCUAGCGUUUGACUUUCUGAACCAGCAAGGUGACAGUAUAGGACCUGCGCUCAACAGUGACUCAGAUUUUAUAGACUCUUUACUGAAAACAGAACCUGGUAAUGAUGACUGGAUGAAAGACAUCAACCUCGAUGAAAUUUUAGGGAACCACUCGUAAGUGACAGUACCAAGAGGGAACCAGAUGAAGAGGCAGCAAGGACAUUAGCUUUUUCUUUAGAUGCCAACAACCUGCUUCAUUAACUUACACUCCAGUAACUGGGCUGUCCUUUAAAAUACAACAUAGAGCAACUGCCCUGUUUGAAGAGUAGCUCUAGGAACAAACUGAAGAGACAGUGUAAGUGAUAUUCCUGCCUGCCACAAAGGAGUGAAAGCAUGUGAAGGGUCUGGUCCCCACACCUGUGCCCAGCCCAUUGCAAACUCAUUGGUUCUUCUCAGAGGGGCUCCGGGAAAAAAAUGUGUUUAUCUUCCCAUACAUGGAAGCACCAGACAGUGGUAUAAGCUGUGGAACAUCAUUUCUCUGAGUGCAAGUAAGUCCCUAAGAGAUCCACAGCUCUUCAGUCAUCAUGUUCACAGCCCUUAACUUCCUUGGGACUGCUCAGCCCUGACAGCAUCAAGCCCUGUGUGACUCUUACGGCGUUACAAAAACUGUUUACUUCUGCACAGUACAAACUUACAUUUACUUUCCCAAAAGCAAACAUUUUUUAUAAACAAAAUGUUAUAAAAUGAUUUUGUUAUAAACCCUGUACCUUUUGUAGCACACAGCAGGGUAAGUGGUCUCAUCCAAGGGAAGAAGGAAACAGAUCAUCCAGUGUGUUACUUGGUGUCCUCUAGCAUUUUUGUUCUCCCUUUCAUCAGUGUUUGCAGUGAAUAUUAGAGGAUGCUGCUCUCCUGCCAGCAGCACAGUCAUUCUGGGCAUUGAGGGAAACAUGAGAUGAACUACUACCAAAGCUCAGGAUCCUCACUUUGCCACCUUGCCCUUCCCCAGGGACUCCAGUGACUUAAUAGAAACUUGAGUGAGAGGAUGCUCAUGAUUUGUCCCUGACUACUCUCUCAGUCCAGCUUAGAGGAGGGCAAAUACCUAAAGUCGUUCAGCUAAGCCACUGUCCUUGUUUUCAUCUCAAAUCAUGGCGAGUAUCAAUCAGGUAGUUCAGCCCAAUCUUCUCUCAAACAGGUUUAGCCCAGACAAAAUGCCAACAUCUACCUGCCUGGGGAGAAGCUGCCAUUUUGAUUGCACAGCAUUUUGGUUCCAUCUUGUUUUCUCCUUCGCCAUAGUGGGGGAAUUGAAAGAGUUCUGGUGAUAGCUCAGGUCCCCACAGCCUCUCUCUGGAGUACAAGAGGCUCUGCCCCUGAAACUAGUAUGCACAUCAAUUAUAACUCACAGCAGGAAGCUCCAUCAGCCACAUCUGUGCUUGUACAUGAAACAGAUCUGGGGAUUAUUUCUGGGCACUGGACUCAAUCAUCUGUUAUGAGCUUGGGAAUGGACCAGCUAAUAUUGCCCUGAGCAAUUUCUGUGUAUCACUAGGAAGAUAUACUGGGGCAAGGACCAUUCCCAUGAGCAGUUUGCAUCCACCUUGCCUUGAAGGCUAACAGAGCAGAGCAGCAAGGGCACAGGCUGUCCCACACCUGCCAGGAAAUAGUCUUGACUAUAUAAAAAUUUUUGCUAUAGACUUGGUCAGUAAUGGCAUCAGAAGGAUAUGCUAUGUCAUUAUAAAGCAGCUGCACAGUGAUUCAGACAGCAUUCAUGGAUGAGAACAGACCUUGCAAUUCAAAUGAAAAUGCUGCUCUUCCAAAUGAUGCAGUGCAAUGUGUUUCACAGCCUCCUCUGAAUUACCUAAAGCUAGAUGUGGCAAAGGAAUACAAUGCCUAUGUUCCCAUGCCUUGGUGCUAAGAGGCAUUGUUCAGCCCAUGCAAGUGCUUUAUUCAUCCUUGUUAGUGGCAGUGGGAUGAGUAGACUAUUUGACAAUAGCCUCUGCACUUAUCUGACCUACUUCUUGUGAGAGGUUUUAAUAAGGCUUUUCCAGUUAUUUCACCCUGUCAUUUCAAAUGGGCACAAUUUUUCAGGAUGUUUCAAGAAGCUUUGUCGCACAAACGACCACAAGCACCUCCACAAAAGGUGUAACAUGGGCAUUUAGUUAGAUAUGCCAGUUGAGGCUGUUCAUUCCCAGAGAAAUAAGAGGGAUAAGAAAGCCUGCUGAAGAGUCCCUUCUGCCAACCCAGCUAGUGAUCAUUGCACACCUCUGCAUUGUGUAAUGGUGAUGCAGUGGUGACUCAGCUGCCCAGAAAGCUUCCUCUUCUCCCCAGUUUUGGUUGGGGUGCAUGUGGUCUCUUUGAUAUGUCAGUACAAGUUUUGCCAAGUCUUUGAAGAGCUCUUCAGUUCAGGCCACUGGGGUCCCACCUAAGCUUGGAGAGAUACAGACACGAUAUAACAAAUGUGUCCCAUAUAAAUUGUGCAAAACUAGACUGAAGUAGUAGCUGCACGAGUUUGAAGUUAAAGGAAGGUUGGCUUCUCUGCCUCACACACUCCCUGUCCAUGAGCAGGUCAGCAGUGAGUGCCAGCGCACUGGUAGGGACAGACAACUGCGAUGGAUGCCACUGAGGCCAAGGCUGAGUUAAUAUCACCAUAAGCAAUGGGCACUGUAGUCUGGUAACUUCAACUACCCUCACAUGCCAUUGAAAAAGCCACCACUGGUUUCUGUAUUAGGGCCAGACUAAUUUCCAUGUCCUCAAAUAAUGUAAAAAAAUUGUUCAGCUGAGGAGCUGGUCCCAAGGAGUCAGGAGUUGGACCCAAUGAUUCUCAUGGGUCCCUUCCAACUCAGGAUAUUCUAUGAUUCUAUGGUUCUAUGAUAUCAUGCAGUGGUGGACUCAAUGCUGAGUGUUGUCCUGUUGGCCUCAGCCUGGAGUGUGAAAGACACUCGGCUGUGAGUGCCAUCCCUGGAAGCAAAAUUACAUCCUGUCUUGAGUAAAUUCAAAAAGGUAGAGGCCAUUUCCAGUCCUGUAUAUAUUUGCCUGAUGCAUUUGAAAUGCGAGCUUGUGAAAGACUCUUGCAACCAAAACUUGAAUCCAGUAUCAUUUCUUCAGAACACUUGCAUCUGAAUGGAGCUAGUGUCUUUUUUUUUCCUUUGUUUGCAAUGGCUAAGUGCACUACCUUUAAAGUCUAUUUUUCAUCACUGACUGGGCACUCUUCACAGUAUUGGGUUGUAAAUAUAAAGAAUUAUUUGUUUUGUAAACUUUUGUAAAAACAACAACAAAAAGUAAUAAUAUUUUGGUAGGAAUAAUAAAAAUCAUAUUAUUUGGGUUAUAUUUAUACAUAUGUGAAAUAAAUAUACUAUCAAAAAGUUGUAUUUUAUACAAAAAGUCAACUGUUACCUUUUGUAUUCUAUAUACAAAGUUUUGUAUGAUAUGAUUGUUUAUUUUUAUCUGCAGAUUUCAACUUUGGGUUUUGGGGGAGGGCAGAACGGGAUCAUGGUUAAAUAGCUGGGUCUGACCCCAAGCUCACUGAAACCAAUGGAGUUUUUCCAUUGCCUUCACAGGGCUUUGAAUCAAGCCUUUAAAUCACCUUCAGAUAUGUUUCAUGUCUGAAGCUCUCUGGAAACCUCAGUAUGAAAACAUUCCAGGUUUCAAAUUUUUUCCCCGAAAAAGACUUUUAUUAUUAUAAUUAUUGUUAUUAUUGUUAUUUCAGCUGUUGGGAGGCAGGUGGGAUCUAUGUAACUGUCAUGUCCUUGUUGCAUGUAUGUCUGCUUUAUAUUUUCCCCAUAUUAUAAACCAGUGUUUCUCUAUACAGACUGAAAAGAAAAGUUGCUGUACAGAAAUGUUCGUGUUUAUGCAUUUUUACAUGUGGCUGUAUAUACCUCCUAGUACUAUGCAGUGACACUUAUUUGACUCCAUUUAUUUUUCACCUAAACAUGAAUAGUAUGUUUUUCAGUAGCUAUCAAAACUCUGCCAAGUAAAUCAAUCAAAAUUA